AUGACAAUUUUUAAUGAAAAACAUGUUAGUGAACAUGUAAUUGAUACUUUCAUUGAUGGUAUUCUUAAUGAUUAUCAUGAAGGUACAACAGAUUCGUAUGAUGAAGAGCUUGUGGCUAGUCAGGUUGAAGAUGUGAAUGAUGUUGUCAACAAAGAUGUUGAUAUUCCUAAUCUAAAGAAAGAAAAAUCUAAAGAUUCAAACCCCGCUACUAAUUUAGACUAUGAUAAUAAAGAACCUGAUGAUAAUGGAGAUCAGGUUGAGGUAGAAAAUAAAAAUGAUAAUGAGGUCCCAAGAGAGGACGAAGUUCAAAAAUAUGUGGAGGAUGAAACCCAGGAAACUAGCAUGGAAGAACAAAAUAUGGUGAAUGAUGUGCAUUACAAUUAG